CAACAUUUCUCCUAUAGUCAUGGAAUUUGUUCUCUUUUCACAAAUGUCUUCAUUUUUUCUUGUCUCUACGCUUCUCUUAUUCCUAAUAAUAUCCCACUCUUGUCAUGCUCAAAACUCUCAACAAGACUAUUUGGAUGCCCAUAACACAGCUCGUGCAGAUGUAGGUGUAGAACCUUUGACCUGGGACGACCAGGUAGCAGCCUAUGCACAAAAUUAUGCUUCCCAAUUGGCUGCAGAUUGUAACCUCGUACAUUCUCAUGGUCAAUACGGCGAAAACCUAGCUUGGGGAAGUGGCGAUUUCUUGACGGCCGCUAAGGCCGUCGAGAUGUGGGUCAAUGAGAAACAGUAUUAUGCCCACGACUCAAACACUUGUGCCCAAGGACAGGUGUGUGGACACUAUACUCAGGUGGUUUGGCGUAACUCGGUUCGUGUUGGAUGUGCUAGGGUUCAGUGUAACAAUGGAGGAUAUAUUGUCUCUUGCAACUAUGAUCCUCCAGGUAAUGUUAUAGGCAAAAGCCCAUACUAAUUGAAAACAUAUGUCCAUUUCACGUUAUAUAUGUGUGGACUUCUGCUUGAUAUAUAUCAAGAACUUAAAUAAUUGCGCUAAAAAGCAACUUAUAGUUAAGUAUAUAGUACUAUAUUUGUAAUUCUCUGAAGUGGAUAUAUAAUAAGACCUAGUGCUCUUGAUUAUGGGGAAAAAA